AUGAAUUUGAUGAAUAAAGAGGAAAAAUAAAUUUUAAUUUCUUAUAUAUAUAUUAAAGUAUUUUAAAUUUAACUAUGUAGGCAAACUAAGCAAGCUCUUGCAAACUAUAAAUUUCGAUGAUUAUUUCUUUGGUAUUUCAAUUUAUAAGGAUGAUAAUCUAAUAUUAGAAUUUAGAAAAUUAAUUUAUCACUUUUUUGAUGAUGACUUUAUUAAUAUAGAUAGCAUUAGAAAUAAUUUGUUUUAAAAAGGCAAGCUUUUUUUAAAUAGAAUUAUAACUUGUAUUUAUUUUAAUGGACAUCAUUAUAUUUUAAGUCGAAUCAAUAAUGUAUGGAGCAGACAAUAUUUAUUAAAAUUAUUUUUAUAUAGUCAUUCUACACAAUUUGACAAAUUUGAAGAUUAGUCUAACAAAUAGUAAGAUAUGGAAAGCAAUUAGGAUAUUUUUUUUAAUAAUACUUUUUUUGAGUUUUUCAUCUUAAUCAAAUUUAAAUAAUGAUUAAUCUCACGAAUUCAAUUAAUAAUAUAUUGUCAUUGUAAAUUAAAAAUUAUAUAUACUGCUAUUAUUAUCUUUACUUCCUUAAUUUAACAGAAUAUAAAAAAAUAAGCCUAACUUGUCAAGUUUGAAUGGAUUAUAAGAUACUGUAGUUGAAACAAUUUAAAAUACAACAAUUCGCUAAUCUUAGAAAAAAAUAGUUCCAAAAAAAACAUUAAUAAAAGAUUUAAGUUUUAUUAAUAAUGAUAAAUAAUAAAAGAUUUAAAUAAAUGCGACUCUUUCUUAAUUAGAUUAUAGUUAAUUAUUUGACAUACUUUCUGAAGGAGUUAUAAUAGUAAAAUUUGAAAAAUAAAAUAAUAAUACUAACUCAAAGCCUAGAAUCGAAUAUUAGAAUUAAAUUAGUAAAAAGAUUUUUCAAAAAAAUAACCAUGAUUUGAUGAUGCUUUUUGAAAAGUUAUCAUGUGAAAUUCUUACAGAUGAAUCACUUCUUUACACAAAAGACUCCUAAUGUUCCUUACAAAGUCUAAACUAGCAAUAAAUAAAAUAUUUAAAACCUUCAAAAUUAAAUUUUUUUAAGUAUUUUUCUUCAGGUUAACAAAUUAGUUUAAAAAAUAAUUAAUAGAAUCAAGCUACAAGAUUUAGAUCAUAGACUAGUUAAGUAUAUACAUAAAUAUUAUUUAGAUUAACACUGUAUACAAAUGUUUGUUAUAUGUAUAUGGAACACAAGUAUUAAGAAAGGAAAGUAAUGAUAAUAAUAGCACAUUAGUUGUUGAAACAAGUUUUGAAAUUGAGAAUUCAAAAAGAUCAAUAGAAAUAACUAUAUCAAUUGGUAGUGAAAAUUUAUUAUUCAUAAUUGCAAGAGAUGUUAUACAUAGAAAGAAUAUUAAAAAACUUCUUCAAAUUAAUUAAUCAAAAUCUAAAACUUUAUCUUUUGUAAGUCAUGAAUUCAGAUCGCCACUUAAUGUAGUAAUUAAUAUAUUGAGUAUAUUGAAAGAGAAAUUGUACAAUUUUGACUAUGUUUGUUAGAAUAUAUCAAUUGUUUUAGAAAACUCAUAUUAUAUGUUAAAUUUAGCUAAUGAUUUGCUUGAUUUGGCAUAAAUUAAAGCAGAUUAAUUUAGUCUUAUUUAAAAAACUUUUAAUUUAACUUAGUUGGGAGAAGAAUGUUUAUAAAUGUUUAAACUUUAGGCUGAAUUGAAAAAUAUAAAAUUAAAUGUUGAAUCAAAUGUGAAAGAUCUAUAAAUUAAAACAGAUAGAAAUAGAUUAAAAUAAAUUUUAGUAAAUCUUAUUGCAAAUGCUCUAAAAUUUACAUAAAAAGGAGCUAUUUCAAUAAAAUUUAUUUAAUAAGGAUUAUUAGUCAAUGCUGGAGUAGAAGAUACAGGAGUUGGAAUAUCAUAAAAUAAUUUAACGAAACUUUUUAAAGCAUUUGGUAAAAUUAAGGAAGGACUUUCUGAAAAUUUAAAUGAGUAAGGAGUUGGAUUAGGUCUUUUGAUAAGUAAUAAAUUAGCCUAACUAUUAUAAAAAUCUAAUAAUUGCAUCAUAAGUGCUCAAAUGUUAAAUUAGAUUAAAUUUACUUGGAAGAGGAUUAUUCUCCUUCUUUGGAUGAUAUUCGUUUAAAUAUUAAAAAAUCAUAAAAUAAAUAAUUAUAUUAAAUAGUAAUCCAUAAUGAUAUAGAAAGUUUAAAGGAAUAAAUUUAAGAUUUCAAAAAAGAAUGUAAGCAUAUUUUGAUUGUUGAUGAUAAUGUAUUCAAUUAGGAUAUACUAGAAAUGCAAAUAAAAUAAUUGUAUAAAAUUAUAAUAAAAAUAUAGCUCAAUUGCAUAAAUAGACAAAGCCUUUAAUGGAACCGAUGCAUUAGAAAAAUUUUAACAGAAAAAAUGUUCAGAAUCUUGUUAAGGUUAUGAAGCCAUUUUUAUGGAUAUGGAAAUGCCAGGCUUAAAUGGUAUGUAAACUUCAAUAUAAAUUUUAAAAAUAAAUUAAUAAAUGAAAAUAUUUAUUACAUCUGGAUAUGAUGAUAAUAAAUUAAAAGAGCUAGGAAAUUAAGUAGGAAUCAAAGAAUUUAUAGUUAAACCAAUCUCUAAACAAAUAAUUCAAAGAGUUAUUAAAUAAUACAAUCUAUGA